AAACCAGUUUCAGACAUACACCAAAGAUGUCUCAAAGCUACACAAAUGAUCACUCACAAGCCGUUCUCCGGACGCACUCCUGGCGCAACGCGCCUAACUCCGCAUCUUACCUUCUCCCUCACCUGAAGCCGACCAUGAGCAUUCUCGACGUCGGAUGUGGUCCAGGCUCGAUUACAAUCAGUCUGGCAGGAAAAGUACCACUUGGAUACGUUGUAGGUGUGGAAAACGUACUUGAUCCACUAAAUGGAGCGAGGGAGCUUGCCAACUCUGAGAAAGUGUCAAAUGUUAGCUUCCAGAUUGGUGAUAUACACGACCUUCCUUUCCCCGAUGAUACUUUCGAUAUUGUUCAUGCACAUCAGGUCUUGCAGCCUAUUGCCGAUCCGGUCCAGGCCUUUAAGGAAAUGCGACGUGUAAUCAAGCAAGGUGGAAUUGUAGCAGCCCGGGAGUGUGUUUCGUCAACAAUAUACCCCGAGUCUGAAGGCCUUACGGCCUGGCAACAGCUUGGCGACCGGGUACGAAGAGCGAAAGGAAACCACAUAGAUGCAGGAAGCCAUAUGCAUGUAUGGGCAAAUGAAGCAGGGUUUCUCCAGGAAUAUACAAAAGAUUCUGACGAGCGAAAAUAUUGGGGUGGAUUGAUGGAAGAGAGAGCCAGAUCAUCUGGGUUUGCAACAAACGCAGUCAGGGAAGGAUUUGCGACUCAAAAAGACAUGGAAAAGAUGGCAGUGGCAUGGCGAGACUUUGUGCAGGAUGAAGAUGGCUGGGUUGGACUACUACAUGGACAGAUUCUCUGUUGGAAGUAA